AUAAAACUUGUAAAGAAAAACUGCUGCCAUUGUUACAAGCCAUUUACGAUCCACUAAUCAGUUACAUUUCGAAGUACGCAGCGUACGAGCAGGCCAGUCUUAUGCAAAAACUGUCGUCAGUUAAAUGCAUUAAAGAUGAACUUCCCGACACUAUUCAAGCGUUGGGGUUGUCCGUCUCCACAAUUACAGAUGCUGCACAGGACGCAAAGACUAGGUGCAAGAAUAUCACUGAAAAUUGCGGAUAUUGUGGGCUUUUAAUUGCGCUGAGAGCAUUUUUCUUAAACUAUAGCGACCAGUAUAAGAUUACGCUGAGGCAAAUAGAAAGAAGUAGGGGAACAAAAGAAGAUUGGAAUCUAUUUCAGUUAUGUUUAUCUUUACUUCAGAACACUGGUGACGUGUUGCUGCAUUUGCAAAAGUUUGAAAAGGAAUUAACUUCUACGAUAUUGGAAUUAAAUGAGAGCGACAGUGGGAUUGAAUAUAAGCAUUUAUUAUUGGAUUCAUCCGAAAGGAGAGAAUAUGAGGCGUUGGUGAAGUGUGUGAUGGAAGGCACCGAAUUAGCUUUGUUGGAUCAUGUUACAGUGGAGUUUGGCAAAUUGUGCAUCGAUAUUCAUCAUGCUAUGUAUGAAGUCGUUUUUGCGCCGAUAUCUGUACAUUUGCAAGUUUUGCAACUUCCAAAGACUUGGUCACAUAUACAGGAAUCUUUUUCAGGCAAUUUAGAUCUUCCCGAUUAUAGUUUCUCCCCUCAAGAAUACAUCACACAGAUUGGCCAGUAUCUCAUGACCUUACCCCAACAUUUGGAACCUUUUUUAUUUAGAGAAAAUCCAGCAUUGUCCUGUGCUUUGAGGGCAGCUGACGAAGAAUACAAUAACGCAGAUAGUGUAGAGGGUGCACUAGCAGAUGUUUUGCUUAGCAUUAUUGCAAAAGGAUUGUGUCAAGCAUACUGUGAUCAAAUUUUGAGUAUAUGCGAGUUGAAUAAUAUAGCCAGCCGACAGCUAGCGCAUGAUAUUGGUUAUUUAGCCAAUGUCUUGGAAGAUUUAGGACUCCAUUUGUCAGAUACCUUAAAACAGUUGAUCACUUUGCUGAAGCUACCUGCAGAUCAGUAUCAGACUCAAAGUUCUGGAUAUUCCGCAAGAUAUGUCGCUGCAAUUAGACAAAUAAGGAACAUUACGUCAAUAGAUAAACAUGCAAAAGGGCAUACAUAAAAUAUUAAAAAAUGUAGCAUUAUGAGUUGCAUUCAAUAUAAAUAGAAUUUUUCUAAAAUUA